AUGUCUGCACAAAGCCAUUCGAACGGAUACAUCGACCCUAACUGGCCCGACCCAAACGGCUCUCAAGAUGCCCCAAUAAUAAUCUACGGUUAUCACCCCUCCUUUGCCAUCGCACUCCUCGCCGCCCUCCUCUUUACGCUCUCCCUGGUCUUGCACGCCUACCAAAUUAUCCGCUACAGGACGCUCUACCUGUGUACCAUACCCAUCGCCCUUAUCCUCGAAGUCCUCGGAUAUGUCUUUCGGUCCCUCUCCGCACGUCAAGACCCAUAUUCCUUGAUCUGGUUCGUGCUCCAGUACUUCUUCAUCGUCACGGCUCCGGUCUUCCUCUCCGCUGCCAUCUACGCCGUCCUCUCGGUGUUAAUAAAUAAGGUCGGGAAGAAAUACAGUCCCAUCCCGCCGAAGUUAGUUCUGGGCGUGUUUAUUAGUUCCGAUGCCGUGAUGACCGUGGUGCAGAUCUGUGGGGCUGCGAUGAUUGGCGCUGCGGAGUCGAAGGACAAGGAUCCUACGACUGGCAAGAACAUACUGAUGGCUGGACUGGCCGUUCAGGUCUUCUCGUUCUUCAUCUUCCUGAUCUUACUGGGUGUUGUUCUGUGGAGGAGCCGGAACGCCCUUUUGGGGUUGAGAGCAUUCAUUUUUGCAUUCGUGGCAGCGACGAUGUUGGUAUAUGUGAGGACUUGCUUUCGGUUGGCAGAGGUGGCGCAGGGUGUUAAGGCGUACUUGUUUACGCAUGAGGAUUUCUUCGCUUGCUUGGAGUUUGCCCCGAUUGCGGUGGCGAUGUUGUUGUUUAAUGUCUUUCACCCGGGGCGAUAUUUGAGGAAAGAGUCUGACGAGGUUGCGGGGGGUACGAGUGGCGAGGAGAAGGUUUGA